AUGAUGAAAAGAAGGUGGUCCAAUAACGGGGGCUUCACGGCCCUACGGAUGCUGGACGAGAGCAGCUCGGAAGUGACGUCGUCCUCCGCGGCCCUGGUCAUGUCUCCGGGUAUGACGAUGUCGCCGACAUCGCUCGGAUCACCGGAGUACAAUGAUCUUGAGCUGUGGGGUGCGUACGACGAGAAUGCCUACAAUGGGCACAGUGUGCUGUCAAACGGAAACAACAAUCUCGGUGGUGGCGGUUGUGGCGCUGCCACUGCCAAUCAGCUGCUCAUGAACGGCAUCAUGAAUGGUGGUAACAACCUGAACGGGAUGAUGAAUGGGAUCGGACUUGGGCCAGGAUCCGUGGGUCCUAAUGGAGGCGCUCAAGCUAGCACCAAUCAGAUACAGCAGUUCGUCGGGAACCUGAUCAACGGGAUGAACCAUUCGCAGACGAUCAUCCCGCCAUUGCCCUCGAUCAUACAGAACACCAUCAUGAACACACCGCGCAGUGAAUCUGUCAACUCAAUUUCGUCAGGACGUGAAGAUUUGUCCCCCUCGAGCAGUCUCAACGGUUACACCGGUGAUGGCAGCGAGGCGAAAAAACAGAAGAAAGGCCCAACGCCUCGCCAGCAGGAGGAACUCUGUCUCGUGUGCGGUGAUCGAGCGUCCGGCUACCAUUACAACGCGCUCACCUGCGAAGGCUGCAAGGGUUUCUUCCGGCGCAGCGUCACCAAGAAUGCCGUGUAUUGCUGCAAGUUUGGGCACGCGUGCGAGAUGGACAUGUACAUGCGACGCAAAUGCCAGGAGUGCCGGCUAAAGAAGUGCCUCGCGGUGGGGAUGCGGCCCGAGUGCGUCGUGCCCGAGAACCAGUGCGCCAUCAAGCGGAAGGAGAAGAAGGCCCAGAAGGAAAAGGACAAGGUGCAGACGAUCCCAUCUACCACCGUCAGUACAACGAACAGCAGCAACUACAAGUCGGAGCUGCUGCCGGUGCUGAUGAAGUGCGAAUCACCGCCCACCGCAGCGAUACCGCUUCUGCCGGAGAAGCUGCUGAACGAAAACCGACAAAGAAAUAUACCUCUCCUGACGGCCAACCAAAUGGCCGUCAUCUACAAACUCAUAUGGUACCAGGAUGGCUACGAGCAACCGUCGGAGGAAGAUCUCAAGAGGAUAAUGAUCAACUCACCCAACGAGGAAGAAGAUCCCCACGAAAUCCACUUCCGGCACAUAACAGAAAUCACCAUUCUCACAGUACAACUUAUCGUGGAGUUCGCGAAAGGACUGCCAGCAUUUACCAAGAUCCCGCAGGAGGAUCAAAUAACGUUACUAAAGGCCUGCUCCAGUGAGGUAAUGAUGUUGCGAAUGGCCCGUCGGUACGAUGCCGAAACCGACUCGAUCCUGUUCGCCAACAACCGAUCGUACACGCGCGACUCGUACAAGAUGGCGGGCAUGGCAGACACGAUCGAGGACCUGCUGCACUUCUGCCGGCAGAUGUACACGCUCACGGUGGACAACGUGGAGUACGCGCUGCUAACCGCGAUCGUCAUAUUCUCGGAUCGGCCCGGCCUAGAGAAAGCCGAGCUGGUCGAGACGAUCCAGAGCUACUACAUCGACACGCUGCGCGUCUACAUCCUCAACCGGCACGGUGGCGAUCCGAAAUGUAGCGUCACGUUCGCGAAACUCCUGUCGAUCCUCACCGAGCUGCGAACGCUCGGCAACCAGAACUCCGAGAUGUGCUUCUCGCUGAAGCUGAAGAACCGCAAGCUGCCACGCUUCCUCGAGGAAAUCUGGGACGUGCAAGACAUACCACCGGUCGGGCUGGCUAGGCACCAGGAAAUGGUCGCCCAGCAACAGCAGCAGCAGCAUCAGCAGUCGGACAAUCCGAACGCUUCCUCAAUGGCGUCCACCUCGUCGAACAUCGUCGUCGUCGGUGUAAGCAAUGGUGUGCAGCUCAGUCAGAUGGGUGGUCAGCAACAGCAGUCGAAUCAGCUACAGCAGCAGCAGCAGCAACAGCAGCAGCAAGUUCACACCAACGGCACCGUAACCACGCUCGUGGUCGGUACUAACGGAGGCAGCAACAGCGUCACCACCAAUGGCACGCUAAACGGCAGCAACAACGGCACAAGCAGCAACGGUGGAAGCAGCAGCAACAGUAGUAACAGUAGCAGUAGCAGCAGUAGCAGUAGUAGCAAUGGCAGCAGCACCACCAACGGACUGCUCUCCACGGUCGGAAUGCUCGACCACGUAUAG